AAUGCAAUGAAAGGGAUAAAGCAAAUCAACUGGUGUGUGAGAGAUAUAUAUCAAAAGAGGCAGGGCGGGGGGCCCAUGGAGACUGCUUAUGCAUGGGACCCAGAAUUUGGUGCUACACCCCUGGGAAGAAGUAUUCAGAUUAAUUAGGCUACUUCUACUAAUACCAAGAAGCAUAAAAUGGAAGUGCAAAUACUUAAUCACAGUACUUGAGUAACUGUACUUACACCACCACUGACAGCAUCAUAGUGUUGUGUUUUCUUGACCAUACACCAUUUAUUAAAGGUGUUGGUUUUGGUGUCACAGGGAGGUUAAAUGAGGGGUAGAUGAAGAAUCCACCCAAGAAGAGAAAGACACCCUGUCCGGGGCCGGGUGCCCUCUCUUUACCCCCCGGUACAUUAGUGGGAGUGCGCAGUGCCAGGCCGGGCCAGCAGCAGCAGCCGACGCAUCAUCACACGUACUUUACGCACACUGGAUGAACGGAGGCAGAGACCCGGUCGAGGAUGAUGCUUACACCGGCUCAGAAGGGCUUUCUGUCGGGGUUUAUUUACCAGGUGGCAGCGGUUUGGUCGCCGGUACUGGUGUAAAAUGCACUGGAGCAGAGCGGGUGUGCUGGUCGGCCUAGCUGAUCUCGGCUGCUCGGCUUCGCCUCUCCCAUUUUUAUUCUAGUACUUUUUUAUUGUAGCGUUAUUAUUUCCAGGUCAAAAUCUCAGUUUCCUGUGCGGCUUGUUUGUACUAAAAAUGGCCGGAGAUGGCGGCGCUCUGAAGGAUAUCAAUGAGAUUAAAUCCCAGUUCCGGACCAGAGAGGGCUUCUACAAGCUGCUCACCCUCUCGGACUCGCAGCAGCGGGGCGGGCUGCCGCGGGGUCCGUCCGCCGGAGCCACGCUGGGCCCUGGGGCUGGACCCGGUCCGAUACCCGGUGGAGGGGUCGGGCUGCUGCAGGGGCCCGGGGCUGCCGCCGCCGCUGCUGCCGCCGCCGCCUCCUCCUCUUCCAAUGCCGCAGCCAACUCCUCUCCAGCGGGCUUCCUGCCGCCGGUCCGGGUCUCUAUGGUCAAGCUGCAGCCCGAGGACCCGAGCGAGGAGUCGGAGCGGGUGUGCUUCAACAUCGGCAGGGAGCUCUAUUUUUACACGUACACCAACAUCAAGAAGGCUGUCGACCUCAGUAAGCCCAUAGACAAGAGGAUCUACAAGGGGACUCAGCCAACAUGUCACGACUUCAACCAGUACUCAGCCACAGCGGAGAGUGUAGCUCUCAUUGUGGGUUUCUCAGCCGGACAGGUCCAGUAUCUCGACCCCAUCAAGAAGGAAACCAGUAAACUCUUUAAUGAGGAGAGGUUGAUAGACAAAUCCAAGGUGACGUGUCUAAAAUGGCUUCCCAAGUCAGAGAACCUAUUCCUGGCCUCCCAUGCCAGUGGCCACCUCUACCUCUACAACGUGGACCACCCGUGUGGCACCACAGCCCCACAGUACUCUCUGCUGCGGCAGGGAGAAGGUUUUGCCGUCUAUGCCUGCAAAACCAAGACGCCGCGCAACCCGUUGUUAAGGUGGGCCGUUGGUGAUGGAGGCCUCAACGAGUUUGCUUUCUCCCCUGAUGGCAUGCACGUGGCGUGUGUGGGCCAGGAUGGCUGCCUGCGCGUCUUCCACUUUGACUCAAUGGAGCUGCAGGGGGUGAUGAAGAGCUACUUCGGUGGGCUGCUGUGCGUGUCGUGGAGCCCAGAUGGGAAAUAUCUUGCCACGGGUGGAGAGGAUGACCUCGUCACCGUCUGGUCAUUUGCGGAAAGCCGUGUGGUUGCAAGAGGUCAUGGCCACAAGUCUUGGGUCAAUGUGGUGGCGUUUGACCCCUUCACGACUUCCCUGGAAGAUGAGGAGCCUAUGGAGCUCAGUGGCAGCGAGGAGGACCUCCACCAGGGAGCACCAAACAACUCCAUGCACUUCGGCCGGGUCCGAACAAGCAGCACGUUGUCGCGUCUUUCUCGGCACAGCUCUAAAGGUGGCGGUUCGGCAGCAGUCACAUAUCGGUUUGGCUCUGUGGGGCAGGACACCCAGUUCUGUCUGUGGGACUUGACGGAUGACGUGUUAUACCCACGCCUGCCGCUGUCCCGCGCCUUUACUAACACUUUUGGGCCCUCGCUGUCCAACUCUGGCAGCGGGGUUGUCAACAGCACUUCAGGUGGGGGAGGAAGUGGAGCGGUUGAGGGGCACCAUCACCCGCCUAACACUAACACCGGCACCACCAACCCACCAACGCUCCCAUUACCGCUUCCUCGCUCCCUUUCUCGCUCCAACUCUCUGCCCCACCCUGCCGUGGCAAAUGCCUCCAAGGGCCAGGGUGCCUCGGAGGGCGGCGGGGGAGGUGGAGGGGGAGGAGGGACCAGCGGCGGAGGAAACAGCACCCCAUUCAGCAUCGGCCGCUUUGCCACGCUGUCACUACAGGAGCGCAAGUCGGACAAGUCCGGUUGCAGUGGUGGGGUGGAGAAGGAGCACAAGAGGUACCACAGCCUGGGCAACAUCAGCAAAAGCAACGACAAGAUCAACGUGGCGCCGAGGAGCAACCGACUGGACGCUGCCAAGGUCCUGGGCACCACGCUGUGCCCACGCAUGCACGAGGUGCCGCUGCUGGAGCCGCUGGUGUGCAAGAAGAUUGCACAUGAGAGGCUGACCGUCCUGGUGUUCAUGGACGACUGCAUCAUCACAGCCUGCCAGGAAGGUCUCAUCUGCACCUGGGCACGGCCUGGGAAGGCGAACUUGACAGCACAGAACGGGAACUCUCCGAGCGGCACGGUGGUAUAGCUGGGGGAGAAGCUUUGCACUCAUCCACUCAUCAUUUCAAAUUAGGGGCCAACAACCAGAGACCGCACCCUACCUACCACUGCAGUAUUAUACCAUCAGUAUAACCCUCUGUACCCACCACCACCACCACCCAAACCCUGCUCCCUUCUGAUUUCACUCUCAGGGCGGCCAGUUUGGUGGGAAACACUUCCUGAAUCAUCAAACUAACUUUACUUCAUCAGAUUUAUAGACUUCAGAAGCUAGCUGGCAGUUGUGGGAACAACUACAAAAGCUUGAAUGUAGCAAAGAUGCUAGCUAGCUAUCUAUCAGCUAGUUAGCCAUUAGCUCUGCUUAGACUAGGUUCUGGUAGCUAGCACGACAUGGCCAAAAGUAUGUGCACACCCCUUAAGUCGGGGUUUUUAUUGUUUGGGUGAAGCCCCUUUGGUCGUUUUUUCAUUACCAUAGCGAUGUCAAUUGGAAUAUAGUCGCAGCAUAACGAAUUACCAGUCCCUCCAGGAUGUUGUGAUGUUGCGCUGCAACAACUACAGCAAAUUCAGCCCCGUUCUCUUUCUUUCUCUUUCAUAUCUGGGACAGAGUCACACUCACACAGUGACACAGCUAACAUCACCCAAACGAGUCGAGCUGUUUUGGUGUUGGUGUGAGUUUGUUUGGACCGUUUAAUGGCUCGGUGUUGGACGUUAGCUGCUGCUGAUGUGUUAGCUUGUGCUAACCAGUCAGAGAGAUCAGGAGGAGAGAGGUUCAAGGAGACGGGCCUUCAGUAACAGCUGAUAGACAGCAGUUGGCUGUCAGUAUCGCAACUAUUUAUGCAAUUUUAACUUGCCCCUGUGAUUUCAGAAUUUUUUUUUAUAAAAGCACAUAAAAACAUCACAAUUUAAUAGAAAAGCUGUUGUGAUCCCCGAAAUAGCCUGCGAAAUUUUAGAGGGAGUAAAUUACAUAGGGUGUAGGGUCUAUUUUGUCUGAUACGCACCAUGCUGUUAACUCUGAUUGGUCAGAAUCUGCACGCAUGCAAGAGAAGUUUAUAAGACUAGUGCUGCCGUAUUGCUAUGCAUGAUUGAAAGAGGAAAGUGAAUUUUUGAGAGAAACUGGUGCCUAAAAACAAUAGCACGUCAGCCAUCUGGCAGUAAUUUUGAUACAAGAGAGAUGAUGUGGCACAAGCACAGCAACUGUGCAAGUCUGAGUCAAGGACUGAGUCCACUUAAAUAUCUGCCCAUUUAUUGCAAGUGAUAUUACAAUAUUCAACAGUGUUGACAGACAUUUUCCUCAGAUUGUACAGCCCUACAGCAUACAGUUAUAUUUAAGACAACAGUAUAUUUUAGACAUUUGGGAUUAUAGGUUUUAAAAAUCUGGUGGGAAGCCGCCUUAGAGGAGUAGAAGCUUAUCAUAGCAGCAGAUUAAUGCUCAAGAUUUUGGAAGAACAUGUUCAAUAAUCACAUAUAGGUGUAAUGUUGUGUCCACAUACCUUUGGCCAUAUAAUGUAGUUAAAACUUUGAUUGUUAUCUGCCCCACAAAGGCAACAGUAGUAAUUAUUUUAGCGUUGUUUUUUUUUUCCUGUUAAAAUUUAGAUCCACAGAUUCUACUACAAUUCAGUACUAUUAUCUACACAUCAAGUACAAAGAUGAAGUGUUUUUUCUAAGCAACUAAAUAGACAUAAAUGGCAUCCUGAUUAAAUAGACAACCCCAAUUCCCAAAAAGUAGGGACUAUGUAUACAACGGAAAUAAAAACAGGAUGUAAUGACCUGCAAAUCCUUUUCGACCUUUAUUCAAUUAAAUACAGUACAAAGACAAGUUGUUUAAUGUUCAAACUGAUUCAAACUUUACUGAUUUUUGUAAAUAUACACUUGUUCUGAAUUUGAUGCCUGCAACAUGUGUCAAAAAAAGUUGGGACAGGAGCAUGUUUAGCACUGUAUUACAUCUCCUUUUCUUUUGACAGCACUCAUUAAGUGUUUGGGGACUGAGGACACUGAUUGUUGAGGUUUUGACAGUGAAGUUUUUUCCUCAAGAUUCACCACCACAAUCUUGAAGAUUUAAAAACUGUCUGUUGAAAGAAUGGGUCAAGAUCCCAUCUGAACACUGAGAGAAAAGUGUUUUUAUACAGGGAGCAUCUUGAAGCUGGCAUUGCAAACAAAAGCUCCUUUUGCACUGCCUGUUCAAGGCAGGAAAUAUACGCUGUUACGCCACCUUGCCAGUCAUUUUUAAAGGGAUGACUGCAGAAUGGGGGACAGAUUUGUCUCACCUUUAAGCCAGGAGUGAAGUAGUAACAGCACUAAAAUAGGGUCUGUGUAAAAGAGAGAGCUGGCAGGACGGGAUCAUUGACGUGACAGGUGUGAUGUUUUGACGACCUGUUAUGUGUGAGACCCAUCGCCGGGAGAUUUAAAAAGCAGCUGAUAGUAGUUAGCAACUAACUCGAAGUCUAACAUUGGCUGAAAAUGUCUGCAAAUUGGGAAAACAAUGAGGUCCAGGAGCUCCUUGCCCUCCGAGCAGAAAUAGUAAAUGAUUGUUAUUGCCAUAUAUUAUGUGUCAAACAAGAUGCAGACGCUGUGGUGUUUCUUGUCACACUCGUCAUGGCUCUUUUGUGUUUGCGAUGCAGGCAUGCUUUAAUAGAAUAGAUGGAUUUAGAAUAUGUCAAAUGAAAAAAAAAAUUAUGUGUUGAAUACUUCCCCUGACUGUAUGCCAAAAGGGAUUUGCAGAUAAUUGCAUUCUGUUUUUAUUUACACAGUUUCCAAUCUUUUUUGGAAUUGGAGUUCUAAAACUCAGAGGAAAAUGUAGGUUGUUGUUAGCAGUCAGCCACUUCAACCAAGUCAGUUUAACUCACACUAUGGUUAGUUUCACCUGUCAGUAUUUUGAAACAUGAAGUAACUUUAGAUUCACAUGGCAGCACUUAAUCCUUCACAUCUGAAAUGUCUGAUUCCUGAUGUUAUUAUGGUGGUCUGCAGUAGGACAGAGCUACAACAUACUUCAGGAAGAGUUUCCCAUCUCGUGCCACUGUGGAAGUUUAUUCCCAGUGCUCCGGCCCUCUGCCAUCACCACGCCCUUCCGUGAUUCUCUGCAGAAAGACUGCAUCACACAAACAGAGAACGUUUAUCCUUCCCAUCUGCAGCCCCGAAGCAACAAGGAGUGAGCAGCAGGCUUCAUUUGUCCUCCACCCGAUCCCUCCAGUUUCCCCUUCAUGCAAAAGACACUGCAAAUGCCACGGCCAUUGUAUUUAAGUUAUUUAUUUUAUCACAAGACUGUGUAGUAAUUUAUAAUGUAAAUAUUGAAAAUACUCUAUAAAUACAAAAAGGACAAACAUGUAUGGAAAUAAUGACUUGACAGCAAGGAAGAAAAAAAGAGGAAAGAUGAAGAAUAUUAAUAUAUGAAGAUCCUUCUAUUGUACAUAGCAACCACAGUUAAAAAAUGAAUGUCUGCUGUUUUAGGGAACUUGAAGAUGUCAAUGUGUUUUUAUUUCGUGUGAUAGAGUUUCUCCAGUUUGUCUCUGAAAGCGAGCUGGCGGAAGCAUUUUGGGUCCAGUGUGGCAAUUUAGAGAGAGAGAGACUGACCCGAGUCGAGCACAGAGAGGCUGCUAGCUGUACAUGUCAGCUGACUGUCCCACUUCAUAGCUCUGAACAGUACUAAUGCUCCUGAACAUCAUGUGCGGAUAAACAGCAUCUUAACGAACAAACAUACACUCUUGCACAUUCCGAACGAUGACACACACACACACACACACACACACACACACGCAAUCCCCUUAUGGUGUAGCAUCAUAUUUACUGUAUCUUCAUUCCUGUUGCACCUGAAUUGCCUCUUGCAAGAAUUUGCACAUACAAUAAAUCCACAGUCCAUCCUGAGCUGCCACAAGUGACACAGUGGGUGUUGUUGUCUUGUCUGAUCUGUGCAGAAACAUAACCCACAGCGAUUCACUGGAUAGUUUUGGUACAGGGGAUUUAAAAGAUGUACAUCUUCUGUGUCAAGUUUGGAUUUUUCUUCUUUGCAGUUUUGAUUCCAGUGCUUAUUGAAUCUUUGUUCAGAUUCUUGACAUAAUUUUUAGUAUAAGAAAAGAAAUCAAAAUAUGUCAGAAGCAAAAGCACCUGUCUUCUUUGGCAAAUUUUUUUGGGCUGCCUGCCAUAAACCUGCUGCAAGGUAUUUUGAGAUAGAAGGUAAAAUAAAGAACGCAAAAUAUUUUUCCCUCUGGCCAUGCAGAAGUUGAAGGUCCAGUGUGUGGGAUUUAGGGGGAUAUAUUGACAGAAAUGGAAUAUAAUAUAAUCAGUAUGUUUUCUUUAGUGUAUAAUCACCUGAAAAUAAGAAUCAUCAUGUUUUCGUUACCUUAAGAUGAGACAUUUAUAUUACAUAUGUACGGAUAUGGCCGUUGCCAUCUUGCACUGAUGACAUCAUUUGGAGCCAGAGUCUGCGCAGUAGCUAUCUCUGUGGCACUGUGUUCCCACCCAUGCACUUAUCCAAUCAAUUGCAAGCAGUGCCAUUAAACGCAAGCGCACCAGCUGGCACACACGGGUGUCAGCGAUGACGUCACACCCCCUUUUUAUUGCGUCAAAAUCUAAUUAAAACCAAACCAAAAGAAAAACAAACAUCAGUGUGAUAAGAACUACCUAAAAUGACAAAAACAAAUUAUUUUACAUGUACUUUGAUCUUUUAGUUUGGCCCAUGUUCCAUCAGCCAACAUGGAGGGGGCGGGGUUUAUAACCUGUACUGCAGCCUGUCACCAGAGGGCGAUCGGAAUGUUUUGGCCGUGGAUGUAUAGAGAGAGCCUGAAACAAAAAUGGUUCAACUGCCGCAUAUAAUAUUACAUAGAUAAUUGGCACUGCCUCUGCACUGUGUGGCUCAUAGAACAGGUGCACCAGAGACUUCCACUGGCCGAGCAGGCUACUUCAGGUUAGGCAAUCCACCAACUUGAAUUGGGAUAGAAUGAUUUAAUCUUUUGGCUCUUCAAGGCUUUCCAAAUGUUAUCAGACCUAAUGGAUUAAAUCCUGAUAGUGAAACAAGUCACUCUUUUGGGCCCAGUGACAUCAUGUGACAGAUGUAAUUCCAAUGUUAGAACACUAUGAAAAAUGUCUUCAAAGCCUGGCACAUUUCCUGGGGGCGCUGUUUUAGCUUCACUUUUGGGGAGCUGUCAUACCGUCCAUCACUGUAUAUCGUCUCAGCUUUACUUAGCAAAUGUUUGCAUGCUAACAUGCUAAACUAAGAUGAUGUAAACAUUAAACAUCAGCAUGUUAGAAUCGUCAUGAUGAGCAUGUUAGCAUGCUGAUAUUAGCAUUUAUCUAAUUAUUUAGCUUAUUUUUUGGAUUAAUCUCCAAACGCCAAUAGAGAAAUCCCUUUGGCUUUUUGAGGAGGAAACCACGGCAACACUAACUUCCGCAUUGGCUUACAGAAAAACAUCAUCUCUGUGGCACUUUAUAUUCUGGAACCAGGCUACAGACUUCCUCCUGUAGGAAUGAUUUUAAAUUAACUCAACCUAUUCUAACUUUUGUCACACUCAUAUUGUAAACAUGGUACAUAUGUGAUAGUGUUGUAUGUUUCCACAAAGCACUUUAAAUAAGAAGUAAUUGGUCGUUGUAAAUUUGGAACUGGUAUGAAGUUAGAUAUAGUUCUUGACACCUAACUGUAUGUCUUGCUAAUCAACACACCUGCACCCCAAACCAUUUCUGUCCAUCUCUAAACCAUCAGCCAGAGGGAAAGGUCUACAGAUGUGUUCCCCAGGAUCUGCCUGUUUUGUAUCUUGGACCAUAAAAAACUUCUGACUCCUGUCUUACAUGUACGAUCGUCCAGUGCCAAUUUGAAGCUCACAAUGCAGUAGGCCGGCAGUAUUUUUAUCAGUUAUAGAGUUUCCUGUCUGAAGAUACAUCCUAUUAAUAGCAGAGCAACUUCCAGCACUGCAGAAGCACAAGGUUAUGCCCUUGUAGCAGCAGACAAACCACCUUCGCACUGUUUUGGUCGUCUUUGUUGUCAUAGCAACAGCAUGUCUGCUGCUGAGUGUGUCUUGAAUGAGCUUAUGGGCUCUGGGGUCAAUCUUGGCUUUAAGGCCAAAUUAAUGCUUCAUCACGAUGGAGACACUGGAUCUGCUCAGCCCUAAAAUAUCACACUUCAACAAACUUCUUCCAUCUGCCAAGCAUGAACUCCAGGUUGGAAUUUCUUUGGUUUUCAUUGUUCAGGAAGUUUUUACCGGAAGCUGAAUUAUCCACAGGUGAUUAAAACUGUUAUAGAAACUGAAUAAAGCAGUUUCAUGUUACAAAUUAGUGUGUCUCUAGAUGGGCUGCUAGUCCAGCACCUGCUAAUGUGUGCUCACAUUAUUUCUCUGAAAACUUUAAGAUCCCGAUGUUCAAGAGGUUUUUAUCAGGAGCCGAAUUAUCUGCAAAGGUCUCCUUCUCUCUAGAACAAAUCGACCUGAUGAUUUAAACCAGUAAAAACACUGAAUAAAGCAGUUUCGUGUUAAAAAUCAGUUUUCCCAAUACUGUUCAGCUCACUGCAGAGGAGCUGCGAACUAUGGUGACCAACGCAAAAAUGCAAAUGGCCCUAUUUAGAGCCAGUGCUUGGUUUGUCCAUUUUGGGCUACUGUAGAAACAUGGAGGUGCAACAUGGUGGACUCCAUAGAUAAGGACCUGCUCCCUGUGUAGAUAUAAACGGCUCAUUCUAAGGAAACAAAAACACAGCCAUUCUUAUUUUCAAGUGAUUAUACACUAAAGAAAACAUACUUAUAUUAUAUUCCAUGUCAAUAUAUCGCCCUAAAUGUUACAAACUGGACCUGUAAGACACAUUCUGAUCACAAGUUGACGGAAUACAGGUGUAAAUGCAUCUUGAAUUAAUGUCUCAGGCCACACCCGCAGGCCGUCAGGCAUUUAUUUGCCCACAUUUGUUGUUUGUGAAUGCAAAUGUGUGCCUGACUGCAUUAAAGUCAGUAUAUUAUUAUUCACACCACAUGCAAAACCUUCCAAACUCCAAGUGAGUUAUCAUCUCUCUGUACCUCUUUAUCUCUCUCUCACAUAUUUACCUCCUCUAUUUUUUUGUUUUUCCCUUCAUAACAUCACAGUCCUCUUCUUUAGCUCUACAAUACAUCUAAAUGCAUAUGUGUAUUUUCACAUUUUUAAUGCAGAUGAACAUGUUACAUGAGCAUGGCCCUGGAUUUUCCUCAAAAUAUACUCAACGUUAAGUCUUAUAUAAGGUGAAAAUGUGAAACACUUGAAUUAUGUUGCACAAGCUGUUUGAAGGGAUCUGAUAGGCUUAGAUGUGUGAACUUCCAUAGUUUAAGAGAAGACUGAUAUGAAAUACAGGAUCCAACUAAUUGAGAAUACUUUACCAACAUUUUUACAAUCAUUUCUUUUACCAGCUGAAUAUGCAAGUACACAUUCCCUCAGGCACCAGAAACAGAAAAAUGAUGGUUGUGCUGCUGAACUAAAAGGCUAGAAUAAAAGCGGAUGGGCAGAUAUCAGUCCAUAUAAACCACUUCUAUGCUUGUAUGUCACAUUUAAAACUGAUUAUUUCAGAUAUAGAAAGAAAUCUACAUUUUCCCACAUACUGUAAUUUGUUUUGUGUUAUUGGAGUCACCACAAACCUCCAAUCACUAUUUGACAUUUUUAAGCCGCUCAAUCAAAUGUCACUGUGGGUUAAUCAUGUAGAGAAGGGACCUGGUGUACAGCUCUGCUUAGCUUCAAGUGAAAUCACUUUAUAAGUCUGGAUGUAGUAGGACAAUAAUGACAUCAUAGGUGGCUGUAGUUUGAUGAGCAAGUUGGUUUAUAAUGAAGCAGAGAUGAUUAUCAGAAAAUAUCAGAAGUUAAUAUGAAGGUGGUCAGAGGCAGGAUCGCUCACUGGGCUCAAAACAAUGUUUAACUCGACAAAUAAUGUUACAUGAUUCUUGCUCUUUUGGAAAAUCCUGCAUUAUAGGAAUACUCCUCAACAAAGUGAGCAUCUGUUAAUCAGUUGGUCAUGCUGUGUUACAUCGAAUUUGGAGACCUCCACAGAAAAAGGCGAACAUUUUGAUUUAUUGAUUGAUUGGGGACCAACUUUAACAACUUUAAAACCAUGUCAAAACAUCUGUUUACAAGCUCUCACACAACUCAUGCAGUAUAAUCCAAGUCUCAUUCAUCCAGUCAUAUGUUCAGUACUUCCCAAAUACAUGCAUUUUUAGCCCGUUUUCAUUCCCAACUCAUCAAAUACCCCCACUUUUUGAGUGAUCUUGGCGUCAGAUACCGAUGCACUGAAGCAGCAUUUGCAGCAGUAUGAUACACACCGGGCAGCAGCAGUUGUUGAUGCAGCAAACAAAAACCAAAGCAGUCAAAUACCACCACUUUGUCAGUGGAUGUCCAUGUCAGACAAUGACGCACAAGGGCACCUUUUGCGGCGUGGGACAUGCAAUGACCAUUGGCAGUUUGUAACGCUGCCGGCAACCACCAUAGCAUAAAGAGCAAGAAACUCUGUAUUGGAUAGGCAGGUCAAACAAACUCCGGACUUUCACCCUGGAGCCCGCUGUUUUUUUCUCCUGUGAAACCAAAAGUUGGUGAAGUUAUUUUAAUAACAAUGUAGUGUGCUAAUAUGUGUAGCAUUCUAAAGUAGUGAUGUAUGUCACAUGAUGUUCUAACAAUAUGAUGAAAAACUUUUCUUAUUUAACGCCACACCAUGAUGUUUUUUUCAAAACCUAACCACAGACUUUGUUGCCUAGACUUAACCACAGACUUUUGUUAAACAUAAAAAAUUAAGUGUUUUCCCUACAUUGUAGGUUUAUUUUGAAAAAAGACUGUAUGAGCAGAAACUGUACAUUUCCUGUGAAAACAGAAGUGUGUUUUGAAAAAUUACAACGCAGGUGUAAAUUGUAAACAUGCAUGUCAUGUUUUGACGUUUAGGUUCACUGACAAAGUGGCGGUAUUAUAUGAGAUGGAAUAAGACUGUGUUGGCAUUUUCUCAGCAAAAUGUAUGCUCUUCUUAAAGCCAGACUCCACUAAGGUUUACUAAUGAAAAUGCAUGUAUUUGGGAAGUACUGAGCAUACAACUGGAUAAAUGAGGCUUGGUGUGUGUGUGUGUUUGUAAAAGGAUGUUUUGAAUGCCAUCAUACAAUACGAGACUUCAUUCCCAACGCAAGAAAUUCUUACUUGAACACAACAAAUAGAAGAUUCAGAUAGAGCAGAGGUGAACCACUGUGUUAUUGUUUCACCAUCAAGCUAAAGCUAACAGAAGAAAUGACAGACAAAUGGCAGGUGAUAGCAGUAAUUUGACUGUAGAAGCACUAAACUUAACAAAAGUACUGAUCACAGGAGCAGCUGUAGUUCCACACAGCCGACCACACCCAAUAAUUCGCCUCUCACGUAUACAAAUGUCUGGGCCCAGGCUGUCUAUGAGCAGAAAGUACAAAACUAACAAGGGAACAAAUAUUCCAUGUAUGUCGUGAUCAUUUUAUGUGACCUGUCAGGCUGAAACAAAACAUUUUAUUUAAGCUUUUUCCUUAUUUCUUUCUGUGUGUUUGUGUGUGUGUAUAAAAUGCAUUCACUAUGAUCACCAUACAGUUACCACAAGCACGGACCCACACACACACACACACACACACACAUGCUUUCACACACUUUAUGCCUGUUCUGGUGGGAGUUAUAACAGCAGAUGACGUCACUGUAUCCAGUUUGUAUAUGGAGAUCUGUUAUUAAAACGUUAAACCUGAAUCAGUCAUGUGUGUGUCCUGUUAUAUAUCAUCAGAACAUUACACCAGUUCAAUAUCAGUUCAUAUCUAAUAAACAGCAUCACUGACCAUCAGUGGUGGAAUGUAUCCAAGUACAUUUAUGUAAUGUUGCAAUGCCAAAACAGAUUGCUUUUAUAUUCUAUUUUUAUUGCAAAAUUAAAAGCCUACAGCAACUUUGGGUGGCAAUUGAAAUGAACCAUUAAAUAUAAAUACCCAAGGUCUGUAAAAUUUUGAUCAUAU